UUACUCAGAGGGUGGAAAGGAUUAGAGACUGUUCUUAAUUUUUGGUUCAUUCCUCUUCUCUUAUUCCUUCCAAUCCCCAUUUUCUGGUUCAUAUACUCCUCUUCUCUUAAUAUUCCUUCCCGUUUCACAGCCACCCAACACAGAAAAAUGGAGUUCUCUGCCAUCCCAACUAUUUUAUUAACCUCAUCAAGUAAGGCACCGCCACCCGUUCAGGUCACACAACGUCGCCCUGAAUCAGUUUUUCAUCCUAGUGUUUGGGGAGAUCAUUUCCUUGCCUAUGCUUCUGUUGACAUGGAAGUGGAUAUCAACACGAAGCAAAAACAUCAACAGCUUAAAGAAGAUGUGAGAAAGCAGCUAGUGGAAGCAAAGGGUAAAUCUUCACAACAGCUAGAUCUUAUUGAUGCGAUCCAGCGCCUUGGCGUGGCCUACCAUUUCGAAACAGAGAUUGAGCAAGGAUUACAUCAAAUCAAUGAAACCUAUCAUCAAAGUGGUCACAAAAAUGUCAACAAUGAUGAGGAUCUUUACAUUACUGCUCUCUCAUUUCGAUUACUAAGACAACAUGGAUAUCGUUUCUCUUGCGAUGUAUUCAACAAAUUCAAGGACAAUGAAGGGAAAUUUAAGGAAUCGUUGAUUGGUGAUGUGAGAGGAUUAUUGAGUUUGUACCAAGCUUCAUUUCUGAGUGUACGUCAAGAAGACAUACUAGAUGAAGCAAUGAAAUUUACCACCACUCACCUCAAUUCUGCACUACCGAACUUGAGCAAUAAUCCAAUUGCGGCACAAGUAGUUCAUGCUCUAUAUCAACCCAUCCACAAGGGCUUGACAAGGCUCGAGUCAAGGCUUUUUAUUUCCUUCUAUCAAAAAGAUGAUUCCCACAAUAAAGUUCUAUUGGAUUUUGUGAAGUUGGAUUUCAACUUAUUGCAGAAAUUGCACCAGAAGGAGUUAAGCGAAAUCACAAGGUGGUGGAAAGCUUUGGACGUUGCAGGGAAACUACCUUUUGCAAGGGAUAGAUUGGUGGAGAUGUACUUUUGGAUAUUGGGAGUGUAUGAGCCCCAUUAUAUUAUUGCUAUAAGAAAUCUAACCAAAGUGUUGUGCUUGAUUUCCAUUAUUGAUGACAUCUAUGAUGCUAGCAAUGCUACCAUAGAAGAGCUUGUGCUCUUCAAUGAUGCAAUCCAAAGGUGGGAAGUCAGUGCCUUGGAUCAACUUCCGGACUAUAUGAAACUUGUUUAUCAAACGGUUUUGGAUACUUUCAACAUUAUUGAGGAUGAAAUGGCCAAGCAAGGAAGAUCAUAUGGAGUCGAAUACGCAAAAUCCGCAUUGAAAGAUUUGGUUGGAGCAUACUAUAAAGAAGCCAAAUGGUAUCAUGAAGGCUAUGUUCCAAGUAUGGACGAGCACUGGCCAGUUGCACUAUUGAGUUGUGGCCACCAAUCUAUUUCAACCAUUUCCUUCAUUGGAAUGGGAGAGUUGGCGACCAAAGAGGCCUUUGACUGGGUGUCUAGUAAUCCUUUGAUUGUUCAAGGUUCAUCAGUGAUUUGCAGGCUCAUUGAUGACGUGGUUGGCCACAAGUUUGAGCAAGAAAGAGGUCACAUAGUCUCCUCAAUUGAAUGCUACAUGAAACAAUACGGUGCAACAGAAGAAGAAGCUAUCAUUGAAUUCCAGAAACGAGUUACAAAUGCAUGGAAAGACAUGAACUCAGAGUUCCUCCACCCAACCCCCGUCCCGAUGCCUCUCCUCCGGCUACCUCUCAACCUUGCACGAGUUAUUUAUGUUUUAUACAAGGAUGGAGAUAAUUACACCCAUUCUGGAACCAAGCUCAAGGGAAUUGUGACCUCCGUACUCGUUGAUCCUGUGCCAACUUGAAAUCUCUCUCGCAAAAUUGAGUCCAAAGAUCAAGUAAAGAGAUCAUCAUGGAAAUACAUAUGUAUGCUUACUAUAUUUGCUUAAAGAAAUAAAAAGAGUCUUCUAAGCGAUGGCCUUGUCUUUGAUGAAACAUGCAUGUAUUCAUCGGAAUGCAUGUCUUUGUUCUUUUUAAAGCUAGGUUAGGGAUUCUCGGUAAGAUUUAUCGUAUGCAAUGUAUUAUUUCCAUCAAACAAUAAAGUUGUCUUUUGC